AUGAUCUCGUUCUCAACUUCCAGCAUCCUCGCACUGCCUCGGCAUCUCCGCCAGUCAAGGAGAUUCUCCGACGCGGCUUCGGGGUCUGCAGCUGAAGCGUCACAGAUAGAGUGGUCGGGGUUGUUCGAUGAGAGGGUUAAGGCUAUCAUCGAGGAAUGUCAGGCCCUGGAAGAUGAGAUGUGUAAAUCAGUCACGACACCCGACCGACAAGCACAUAUCGGGAAGUUGCUCAAAUCAAAUAUGAGAAUAAGACAGCACGGCAGCGAGCUGAUGAGCUGCUACUCGGACAGAAACGAACUUGUCAGCAUCCUGUCGACCCAGAGCGAAGACGAGGAGACGAAAUUAGAGUUCAAGAAUGAGCUCAUGACAGUCGAAGAAAGAAUCAAAGAUUUGCGCCGCAUGCUCACUCCUCUCCUUAUUCCCCGUGAUCCCGACGACGAUUGCGAUGUGAUCUUGGAGGCAAGGCUUGCUUGCUGGGUGAGAGCAGCUGCAGGAGGAAGCGAAGCCUCUCUGUUUGCUUCAGAGAUGUUUCAGAUGUAUCAGUUGUUCUCUGUGAGGAAAGGUUGGAACUUCGAGGUGUUGGAUAAGAGUGAAAGUGAAGUUGGGGGUCUGAAAGAAGCCACUGCUUCAAUCACAGGAGGAGAAGAAAUCUACGGACUACUCAAGUUUGAAAGCGGUGUUCAUCGAGUGCAGAGGGUCCCUGAGACGGAGACUAUGGGGAGGGUGCACACUAGUACAAUCAGUGUUGCCAUUAUGGUCGACUCAGAGACACCAGAGUUUGCGCUGAACCCUUCGGAACUCAAAAUCGAACUGAUGAGAGCAAGCGGAGCAGGAGGACAGAGUGUGAACACCACGGAUAGUGCUGUUCGCAUCACUCACUUACCAACGGGAGUGAGUGUUCAUUGUAGGGACGAGCGAUCUCAGCACAGAAACAAGGCAAAGGGAUUGAAGAUUUUGCAGGCAAGGCUGUAUGACAUUCACAAGGCAAAGAUUCAGAACGAAGAGUCGAUUCUGCGCAAGUCCCUCAUCGGCUCUGGCGAUCGGUCCGAACGCAUCCGAACAUACAAUUACGCUCAAGAUCGCAUCACCGACCAUCGAGCCAAUGUCUCUGUGCAUGGGGUCGAAGAGUUUCUUCAAGGAGGGGAAGCGGUAGAACGCGUGAUUGAUGCGCUGAGGGGGAGAGAGAUUGCGGAUCGAAUCCAAGCCUACAAGUUGAAGAAUUGA